UAACUCGUGUUCAUCCUCGGGCCCAAUCUAUCAUUACUAGCCACAGCAUGUGCCUCCUUGGGCCCGUCAUGGAGAGCUUUAUACGGAAUCUUUUUUUCAAAAAGAUUCCAUCUCCGCGCCCAAAUAAAAUAAAAUAUUUUCCCACAAAAUAAAAGACAAAAAAAAAAAGAAAACUAAAUCGAGGAAACAAAAUUCUCCCAAACGGACCACAGUCCCCUUUCCCUCUUCUAAAACCCUAGGGUUUCGUUUCGUUCUUUCCCCUCCUCGUCCCCGGCGAAAAUGGACGACCCCAAAACCCUAGAUCUCAUCAAGGAGCUCGUCCUCCGCCUCCUCUCCUCCUCGGAUCCCUCCGCCGCCGCCGCCGCCGGGGCGGAGGCGACGGCGGCGGCGGAGCUCCCCCGCGCGCUCCGCUUCGCCCACCGCCUCCUCUCGAGCCGCCUCUCCCCCUCCAUCGCCCCCGACGAGGCCGCCAUGGCCGAGUCCAUAAAGCGCCACCUCGCCGUCUCCGGCCGCUCCGCCGACGCCCUCGCCUUCGCCGACCUCCACUCCAAGCUCGCCGCGCGCGCCGCCGCCCCGGGCGCCGUGCGCAACCGCUGGUCCCUCCUCUACCUCCUCAAAUCCCUCUCCGACGAUCGCCGCCACCGCGACCCCCACCUCCUCCUCCCCUCCUCCUCCUGCGCCGCCGCUCCAGGUGGCCUCCCCGCCCUCCCCCUCGACAACCACAGCCCCUCCCCUCGCCGCCCCGCCAGGAAAACCCUAGGCCCCUCCGGCGGCGUCCUCCUCGUCUCCAAGGACCCCGAGAACAUCCGCGAGAUCGCGCUUCGCGAGUACGCAGAUCUGGUCAUGGACGAGACGGAAGUAUCGGAAUCCGCGCUUGUUAGGGACGUGCUCUAUGCUUGCCAGGGGAUCGAUGGCCGGUACGUGAGGUUCGAUAAGAUUUCCGACGGCUAUGAUCUGCCGGAGUCUCUCAAGCUGCCGAGAUCCACGAAAACGCUUGUUCGGAAGCUCUGCGAAAUGGGUUUCCUCUUUAGGAAGGUGAGGGGUUACAUUACGGAAAGCAUGAGCAGGUUCCCUGCCGAAGAAGUCGGAACCGUCGGCCAGGCUUUCUGCUCUGCCCUCCAAGAUGAGCUCUCUGAUUACUACAAGCUGUUGGCCGUGCUCGAAUCUCAAUCACUGAACCCAAUCCCAACACCCGGUUCCGAUUCUGGUGUGCCUGGAAAUUAUCUUUCCCUGAGGCGGCUCGCAGUCUGGCUUGCGGAGCCGUUUGUUAGAAUGCGGCUGAUGGCUGUUUUGGUUGACGGCUGCCGUGGUUUAAGAGGAGGGGCGAUGGCUGGGGCCAUACAUAGCCAGGCCCAGCACGGUGAUCCUCUGGUUCGGGACUUCAUGGGGCGGCUCCUUCGCAGGGUGUGCUCGCCUCUUUUUGAGAUGGUCAGGAGCUGGGUUUUGGAAGGCGAGUUGGAGGAUGUCUUCGCUGAAUUCUUCAUACUCAGCCAGCCCGUCAAGGCCGAGUCUUUAUGGCGCGAAGGUUAUCGAAUCCAGUCCGCCAUGCUUCCGUCUUUCAUUUCCCCUACGCUUGCGCAGCGAAUUCUUCGGACGGGGAAGUCCAUCAACUUCCUACGAGUGUGCUGUGAGGAUAAUGGGUGGGCCGAAGCUGCAGCUGAGGUGGCGGCACUUGUGGGUACCACCACAAGGAGAGGCGGGCUCGAGUACGGUGAGACCGAUGCAUUAGAGGCACUUGUGGUUGAGGCGGCAAAGCGAAUUGAUCGACAUCUAAUGGAUGUAAUCAGGAAAAGGUAUCGGUUCAAGGAUCAUUGUCUCGCGAUCAAGCAGUACUUGCUUCUCGGUCAAGGUGACUUUGUACAGUACUUGAUGGAUAUAGUGGGUCCGGAGUUAUCAGAGCCAGCCAACACUAUCAGCUCAUUCCAGUUGGCGGGGCUGCUAGAAACCGCAAUUCGGGCAUCUAAUGCCCAAUACGAUGAUCGUGAUAUAUUGGACAGACUAAAGGUCAAGAUGAUGGAUCAUGGAGAUGGGGAUAGAGGUUGGGAUGUUUUCUCGUUGGAGUACGACGCAAGGGUCCCGCUGGACACUGUUUUCACUGCAUCUGUCAUGAAGAGGUACCUCAAAAUCUUCAAUUUUCUCUGGAAGCUUAAACGGGUUGAGCAUGCUCUGACUGGGUUGUGGAAGACCAUGAAACCGAAUCGCAUAAUUUCCUGUGCCUUUGCCAAAGAGGGUUCUAUUAAGGCGCAGUUUGUCUCUGUUUUGCGGAAGUGCCAAGUGCUCUGGAAUGAAAUGAACCAUUUUGUGACAAAUUUCGAGUAUUAUAUUAUGUUUGAAGUCCUUGAGGUUUCAUGGGCACAUUUCUCAGAAGAAAUGGAUGCUGCGAAGGAUUUGGACGAUCUUCUCACGGCACACGAUAAGUAUCUAAAUUCGAUUGCGGAGAAGUCUCUCCUUGGAGAGCGAUCUCAUGGCGUACUGAAAACUCUCUUUGCAUUGUUUGACAUCAUAUUGCGAUUCCGUAGCCAUUCUGAUCGGUGGUUUGAACGUAUACACGAAUUGCAAUUAAGAGGUAAAGGUAAAACAAGAACAAGAUCCAAAGAACAAGAUUCAUGGCUUGAUGGGGGUAGAAAAGCUAUGAUCCAGCUUGCUGGAGAACUUUUAAGAAAAAUGGGUGAAGACUUGGACUUGAUUGCAAUAGACUAUUCAGCAUCUCUUGAUGAUUUUAUUUCUCAGUUGCCUCUGCAGCAACAUGUUGAUUUGAAGUUCCUUCUCUUCCGUUUAGACUUCACUGAAUUCUAUAGCGGCCUUUCCUGUAGUAAGUGAAAAUCUAAAUGCGAUGACGAAGCAGUGAUCUGCAACCUGUGUUGUUGUAUGACUUUUGCAGCUUUUAUUUUUCUCACCAUUUUGGAUUGGUGACCAUGAUCAUCAUUUUGUGUAUUUAGUCAAAGAUGUUUAUGUCUUAGUACCACGAAGUUGUUGCCUCCAAACAAAUUCAAAGUACAGCCUUUAGGUAAGUUUGCUCCCUUCAACUUUAGGAUUUGAAGGUUUUGGUGUACAUUUCAUGUAUUUGAUGCUCACCCUUUCUUUUGGGUCUUUGUUUUUGCACAGAUUGAUGUUUUUUUUUUCCAUUUGAAGCUUGUAUUCUCCAUUUGCGAGAUUUUUAUAUUCUUUUUUUGUUACUCCACUGGUGUAAUUCUUUUCUUUUGUUCUCUUUUCUUAAGCAAUCAUGUUUUCCUGUCAACUUGAGGGCAUCAAAUUUCACUUCAUUUCCGUUGUUACCAAAUUAA